UGUGGAAAUAACUGCUCGGUACAAUAGUUAGCUAUGUCAUUUUCCUGGUGUAAGAAGCUGAAUUAAACCCUUUAAGGCAGCGUUUAGGAUGAUUUAUUAUUGCCCGCAGUCAGCAAACGGAUUCCUUCAAGGUCGAUAAUAUCUGUGGAAGUGAUGGCUAGAUACAAUGAUGUCAAGAUUAUUUUGAAAACCUGGGAGCAGUCAUUUGUUCAAGAACAUCAAAGAAAGCCUAACAAGGGUGAUAUUGAAGGAGCCCCAGAAGAGACUAAAAAAUAUCGAACGCUCAAGCAAGCAAAUAAAUGGGCACACAGACCCAACACCUACCUCACAGCCUCAAUCAUCUGAAAAGGACUCAGGUUGCUGGGGCACUCAGCUGAACUGUAAGAGCAUGCCGGUGGCUGCCCCCAAACUGACUCUGACAGCCAAAGAAAGGGAGUCCCUCCAAGCCUCGGCCCAGUACUUUGGCAUGAAACUCAAGUCAAACCUGGACCUGGGAGCUCUAACAAAGGAGAGACCGGUUUCUCUGAAGAAGCCGUUCACUCCUCGUGGAACACCUCUGAAGUCAUGGAAAGAUGUCCAGAGCCCAUACCCUGCAGCUGGAGCUGCAGACAGCCAUACCCUACAGCUGGAGCUGCGGGCAGACAGACAUACACUGGAGCUGCAGACAGCCAUACCCUACAGCUGGAGCUGCAGGCAGACAGACAUACCCUGCAGCUGGAGCUGCAGACAGCCAUACCCUGCAGCUGGAGCUACAGACAGCCAUACCCUACAGCUGGAGCUGCGGGCAGACAGACAUACGCUGGAGCUGCAGACAGCCAUACCCUACAGCUGGAGCUGCGGGCAGACAGUCAUACCCUACAGCUGGAGCUGCGGGCAGACAGUCAUACCCUACAGCUGGAGCUGCGGGCAGACAGACAUACCCUACAGCUGGAGCUGCGGGCAGACAGUCAUACCCUACAGCUGGAGCUGCGGGCAGACAGACAUACCCUACAGCUGGAGCUGCGGGCAGACAGUCAUACCCUACAGCUGGAGCUGCGGGCAAACAGACAUACCCUACAGCUGGAGCUGCGGGCAGACAGUCAUACCCUACAGCUGGAGCUGCGGGCAGACAGUCAUACCCUACAGCUGGAACUGCGGGCAGACAGACAGACACCCUACAGCUGGAGCUGUGGGCAGACAGUCAUACCCUACAGCUGGAGCUGCGGGCAGACAGUCAUACCCUACAGCUGGAGCUGCGGGCAGACAGACAUACCCUACAGCUGGAGCUGCGGGCAGACAGACAUACCCUGCAGCUGGAGCUGCGGGCAGACAGACCUACCCUGCAGCUGGAGCUGCGGGCAGACAGACAUACCCUGCAGCUGGAGCUGCGGGCAGACAGACAUACCCUGUUAUACCCUCUACCAAAGCCAGCCAACACACGUCAAGACCCCCUGGCCUCUCCAAUGCAGACAGGGACAGAACACCCAGAGCAGCUGCCGGAGGAGCCCAGCUCAGACCUUCACCAAGAGGCUGACCUCUGUAUUUGAUGAGGUGGGUGACGCAGAGUAGCCGGUUGUGGUUAAUUUGUCUCUUGCCGUGGAAGCGGCGAUGAGUUCGCCGCACGCCAAAAGGGGAGGUGCUGGCAAGGGAGAGAUCGCAGGACGUGCCGCCAGAUCCUUUGUCACACCUUCCAGGCAGAACAAAGGGACAACUCUCCUGGGGGAGAGGGCUUCCAAGAGUACCAUGCCACAGGAUCUGCCUUCUCCUGACAGGCACCAGCCCCAGGUUGGUGGUGGCGUAACGUCUGCAACAGACCCAGCCAGUCUGUGGCCCACUGGACAACGCUCCUCAUUAGGGUCUGGCUCUGGAGGAGGAGAGGAUGAAGAAACCAGAUCAGGUCUCAAAGGACAAGCAGAGGGCGGUAUGAUAGAAGAGACCGCCGUCGGCGCCACCACUGCCAAGAAAUCUCGAGUGAGGGCCAGACAGGGCCCGGGAGGAGGGGAUGUGGAGGAGGCAAGAGUGUUAACGCAGCCACCGCAGGCCGAAGGUGAUGAGCACGGAUUGGAGAAGGGUACAAAGAAAAGGGGUGGAAAAAGACAAAGGAGUCCUGACACAGAUGGAGAGAACCCUGCAGGUAUGGGGAAAGAGGAGUGGGUGGUGAAAAAGACAAAGGAAUCCUGACACAGAUGGAGAGAACCCUGCAGGCACGGGGAAAGAGGAGUGGGUGGUGAAAAAAGAGGAGAUGGACAGAUAAAGCCCCCCAAGCGAGGAAGAAGGCUAAGACAGGUGAUGGAGACGUCAGCGAUCAGGAGGAUGGUGAUGUCACAGAGAAGGAAGUGGUGAAGCAGAAACCAAGGGUUCCACAGGAGAACCUGCUAGGAGAGGUGGAUGAGGAAGAAAUCAAAGCCAGGAACAGAGGGAGCAACACUAUGAGACCUAAAGCCACCAAGAACUCGGACGGUAACUUUGUGAAGAUCAACCUGAAAAAGAAGCCUUACGUCAAAUGAUACGUAUGUAGGGCCGCUGGCCUACGGAAGCAGUUGACCAUGGAUAAGUUCCAGCUAAAGGGGGAGAGGUUUGGAGGGCCAGACUCAAGGUUUAGAGGGGGCUUCAGCUUCGGAGGGUUCAAACGUCCAGGUGACAGCUGCUUCAAGUGUGGAGGCAUAGGACACUGAGCUAUGAACUGCGAGGGCAGAGUUGCAGCUCCAGUAGACAGUGCUGCUGCUGAUGAGGCGUCUGCGGUUGAGGAGGAGCCCUUUGAGCUGCCAACCUUGGAGGAGGUUGCCCGGGCAACAGGAACUCUGCGUUCCGAGCCUCUGGUGGCACCCCCCAGUGUUAAAGAGGAGAAUGAGUGUCAGGGAGAGAAGCAGCAGGAGGAUGGUGAUGAGGUCUUGUUGAAUGUGAUCAGGCCAGACUACAAACGCCCUCCUUCUCCGCCCCCCAUGCAGCCCCUCUACCCCCUAGGGGAGGACGACAAAGUACAAGUGGCGCGUUCUGAAGUUUCUGAAGCACUCAAAGACUUUGGGUACAAGUCUUUCAGACCAGGGCACGAACAGGCCAUCAUGAGAAUUCUAUCAGGUCUGUCCACUCUAGUGGUGCUCUCCACAGGCAUGGGGAAGUCUCUGUGCUACCAGCUGCCUGCCUACCUCUAUGUCCAGAGGUCCAACAGUAUCUCUCUGGUGGUAUCACCACUGGUAUCUCUUAUGGACGAUCAGGUUAAGGCAGGUGAGGUCCUUUUCCUGCUCCUGUCCCCUGAGGCGUUGGUAGGUGGAGGUCACUCUGGCUUUGGCUGUCUGCCCCCAGCUGACCAGCUCCCCCGGGUGGCCUUUGCCUGUAUUGACGAGGCCCACUGUGUCUCAGAGUGGUCCCACAACUUCAGGCCCUGCUACCUGCGUCUCUGCAAGGUGUUGAGGGACCCUCUGGGCGUGCGUUGCCUGCUGGGUCUGACUGCCCCCGCCACCCUGUCCACAGCCUUGGACAUCGCUCAACACCUGGACAUCACUGACCAGGACGGUAUCGCUGUCCGCUCGGCCGCCGUGCCUGACAACCUGCAGCUGUCUGUCUCCAUGGACCGAGACAAGGACUAGGCCCUGGUGUCUGCUGAAGGGAGAGAGGUUCAGGUCUCUGGAGUCCGUCAUCGUCUACUGCACCAGAAGAGACGAGGCGACCCGUAUAUCUGCCCUGCUCAGGACCUGCCUCCAGGGGGUGCUGUUGCCAGCCAGGAGGAAGAUGACAACCCUAUAGGGAAGAAGAAGAAAGCUUUGUGGGCUCUGGAGGAGGUUGACGACUCCGAAAUGGUGGAACUGAUGGACACCUGUGAUGAGACCUCUGCUGCAGCACCAGAACAAACAAAGGAGACUAGUCAAAACACCCCCUUUGAGCAGUUGGAACAGGCCAAAGUCCCUACUGAGGACAAGGAUGUACCAACUCUUCAACCAUCAGAGGGGAAGCAGAAAGAACCACCAGAGUUGAGUGUUCCACUUCCCCGGAGAGGGGAUGGCGAACAGGAAGAGGAGGAGGGGCCAGGGGCAGGUGAUGAUUGGCCCAUGACUAGGGUGUGAGAGGGCCAUCCCUAUGCAGGACACUGUGGAAGCCCUGGACAUCACUGAGGAAGGUUUGGAGACUCUGCUGUGCUACCUGGAGCUGCACUGUCAGCAGGGGGUAGAGCUGCUCCACCCCACCCUCUCCACCUGUAAGAUGGUCAGCUCUGCAAACUCACCUAGAUGUAGGGCAACAUCACAACACCCGGCUCAUGUUCAUUCAUUAGGGCACACCGUAUAUAUUUAUUUUUAAACUGUGUGCAUUUUCAGUUUGCAGAACCUCGACAAGUACUGCAAACUCACUCCGAACACCUGGCCAGUCUGUUACAGUAGACUGUUUACCUGUAAGAAACAAAGUCGUGUUGGAUAGGUUGUGUUUGUGUAUAGUAUGUAGGUGUGUAUUAUUUGCUCAUGUGACGUUUUUGUGGUCAAGUAAAGUCAGGUACGUUUGUCAUGUGGUUUGUUAUUUUCAUGUUCAGGCAAUAGAUUACUAAUGUUCACCAGGUGCUUCAACCGCUUUGCUGUAGAUAAGUAAUGUUUAUGGUGAGGGGUGUUGAUGAUUGGUGUGUGCCGUCUGAUUGGCAGCUGCCCACCUGUUGCCGUGGUGUUGGCCCGGAAAUGGAUGGCAGGGGAGGGAGUGGAGGCUUGUGAUUCACUGGGCUUUGACGUGGUGGAGGUGGCAGACACUAUGGGCUGGCAGCUGGGUCUGGUGAAGAGAGGUCUCAGACAACUACAAUGGGCCACAAACGGGAGUCUUGGUGGAGUUGUCCAACCUGUCCUUCAUAGGGUAUAUCCUGUCUUCCAGGAGUCUUGGUGGAGUUGUCCAACCUGUCCUUCAUAGGGUAUAUCCUGUCUUCCAGGAGUCUUGGUGGAGUUGUCCAACCUGUCCUUCAUAGGGUAUAUCCUGUCUUCCAGGAGUCUUGGUGGAGUUGUCCAACCUGUCCUUCUAUUUUCGUUCCUACGGUGACUUGACCCCGGACGAGAUGGACCGAGUGUGUCACACUGUAUGCCGCUCUGCAGUGUCUCAUACAAGAGCUGCACUUUCUGCACGGACGAGCGGCAAAGCCUGAAGCAGCAAGGGCUUCUGGGGGAUUACUUUGACAAGAGGAGAGACCUGGACCUGAGCAGGAAGUUCCAGGAAGAGAAGGAUGGAGAGGAUGAGGAGGUGUUGAUGAAAUGCAAGAAGGCUGAUGAGGGGAGGAUGGCUCAUUUGUUUUUACUGUAUCUAUACCACAGAAGGCUGAUGAGGGGAGGACGGCUCAUUUCUUUUUACUGUAUCUAUACCACAGAAGGCUGAUGAGGGGAGGACGGCUCAUUUGUUUUUACUGUGUCUAUACCACAGAAGGCUGAUGAGGGGAGGAUGGCUCAUUUGUUUUUACUGUAUCUAUACCACAGAAGGCUGAUGAGGGGAGGACGGCUCAUUUGUUUUUACUGUAUCUAUACCACAGAAGGCUGAUGAGGGGAGGACGGCUCAUUUGUUUUUACUGUAUCUAUACCACAGAAGGCUGAUGAGGGGAGGACGGCUCAUUUUAAUGGGAACCACGUGUUUGAUUUACAGUGCAUUCAGAAAGUAUUCAGACUUUUUCCACAUUUUGAUAUAUUACAGCCUUAUUGUAAAAUGGAUGAAAUAAGACAUUUUCC